GAGUCGUGUUGCUGCCGUGGGCUGGGUAAUCCACCAGCGCGAGUCGAAUGACGCUAAAUUAGUGGCAAUGCUUUGCCCGUCCGGCUACCAACAUCGUUGUGUCUGAAGGCAGUGUGCAGAUUCAUGUGCAUAUUAAAAUAUUGUACUGCACUGUCAAAUGCAGAUGCUUGUAGCAGAUAAGGAGAGUAUUGAGGAAUGCAAUUUACCUAUCUUCCAACAUUAGGUGAUAAGCACACUUUCUGAGGAAGAUGAAUUCAUCAUUCUUUGACGUGGACAGCGGGGACGUGUCCCGGUCGGGUCGCGUCCGGAAGCGCUCCAGCAAGCUGGCCGGUUACGAGCCGCAGGAGGAGGCCGAGGCGAAGGCGGCGCGCAAGGAGCGGCGCGACAGUGGACAGCAGUCAGCCGGCCGCCGCAAGACCAAGGUGAUGGUGACACCCAACAUGUCGGAACGCGACGGCACUAUGAAGGCGGACGUCAUGGAAGACGUCGGGUCCGAAGAGGACCUCCAAGGGUACGAGGUGGACGGCUACGACACGGGCGGUGGCGUGGCCGGCAACGUCGAGAUCAAGGCCGAGAGCGAGGACGAGGACGACGACUUCUCCAACCUCAUCAUGGUGGCCAACGACGACGACGACGACUUCGAGGAUGACGAUGACGCCGACGCCGACGCCGACGCCGACGCCGACGCCGACGCCGAAGCCGACGCCGACGCCGAAGCCGACGCCCACGCCGACGCCGACGAUCCGGAACGCUUCUCGGACGUGGACGACUCUCUGGUGAUCGACGAGUCGCCGGCGCGCGUGCCGUCCGUGCCCGCGCCCGCGCGCCGCGGCAAGCCGGCAAAGCCGGGCCGUCAGAAGAAGGUGGCCGGGCGCCAGAAGAACGCCACCAAGAUGUGGAAGCAGCAGCGCAUGACCCGCAAGGAUAAGGGGCAAUCUCGGAUCACGGCGUACCUGCUGUGGGCCCGCGAGGUGCGCGACUUCGUGGUGAACGCCAACCCGUCGCUGGACUUCUCGCAGGUCAACAAGCGCCUGGGCGCCAUGUGGAAUGGCCUACCGGACGCCAAGAAAUACAACUUCAAGCGGCGCGCCCAGCGCAUCAACAGCCGGGCCAUGGCCAAGGAGGCCAGCACCAGUGCCAAGAUGAAGUCCACCGGCAAGGGCAAGGGCCGCACCACCGGCGCCAAGAAGACCUCGGACGGCGCCGCCGAGGCCGCCAUCUCCGAGGCGGCCGGCAAACAGCCCAGCAUGCCGCCACCGUCCAUGAGCGAGGCGACGUCGCUGGUGAACCCUACCAACUACCGCGUGUGCACCACGCAGCCAGUGGACCUGGCGGCUCACAUGGUGCUGCUCGGCGAGUCGCUGGGCGUCAUCGGGCGCAAGCUGCGUGAUCAUGACGGUCAGAUCGCCGUGUCCGGCAGCCUGUCGGUGCUGCUCGACUCCCUGCUCUGCGCGCUCGUGCCGCUGGUGGCGCUCACCAAGCAGGUGCCCGAGCUGGACGGCUGCGACGAGCGAGACCUGGUCAAGACGCUCGACAACAUCGCCUACUUCAUGCCCGGCCUCUGAGGCCGCCAGGCGGCGGACGCCCGCACCAGCCACCGACUCCUGCCGCGCGCCCGGCCUGUGGACACUGCUGAGCCCGCCAGGCGGCGGACGCCCGCGCCAGCCACCGACUCCUGCCACGCGCCCGGCCUGUGGACACUGCUGAGCCCGCCAGGCGGCGGACGCCCGCGCCAGCCACCGACUCCUGCCACGCGUCCGGCCUGUGGACACUGCUGAGCCCGCCACCGAAGAUCCAGACCACUGAGUACUGCUGCAGCGGCACUCAGCGGUGUGCAGAAGUGACGUGUCGCUGCCAAGCUCUGUCGGGACAGAUGGCGGUGUCGUCCGCAUGCUCGCACCGCGUUUGCCAGCACGACCCGCUGCUGGGACCGCCGGCGUCUCGCCCCCCCCCCCCCCCGGACGAUCUGAAAUGUGUGCGUUAAAUGGAGUAUCCGUUACCUUCAGUCGGUCAUUGGCCGGGAGUCAGUGUGCCAUUUGAAGCCAAUGCUGAGGUUCGCCGUGUCGCGCUGUCGCUUGUUUCCACUCAUCAGAGGUUCGACGGCCCAGCGGUGCUGCAGGAGGCGCGCGGCCGUGGCAGGCUGCCCGCAUCGGGGGCGGCGGCGGCAGUUGCAAGCGGUACUAUCGUUCAUGAAUACAAAUACCAUAUGUGUGCAUGAGGUACAGUUAGUUUUCUCAUCUCAAAUACAUAUUCGUCCACAUGA